AUGGAUAUCCAGCUCAUUGGUAAUGCGUACGGAGCUGCCGAAUACUCGGCCGCAUACAUCAGCAAGGCCGAGCCUGACACCCCCAAGUUUAAGAAGGUUAUUGCGCGUUGCGACCGCAACACUGUCGAUUAG